UUAAUACCCCUUUGUUAAAAACUUCACACACUUGACAAUGUGCUUUCUUAGGUUUCGUGCCAUGACGCUGUCACGUUGCUUUCCCUGUUUGACAAAACGGGGAAGUUAAUGGACCGACGAGUUGUUAAGCAAAGACGGAAGUACACGGAGUCUGUCCACAUGUCAGUUGAAGCUGUCAAACGUCCCGGGGUGGGGGUCGGGGUGCUGGUGACCGACUCAGCCCACCCUGGUUGUGUCCUCCUGGGGAAGCGGAGGGGCGCCAUGGGCGGAGGGACAUACCAGCUCCCCGGCGGUCAUCUGGAGUUUGGAGAGACGUGGGAGGAGUGUGCACACAGGGAGGUGCUGGAGGAAGCUGGGGUGCAUCUGGUGAACGUCCGCUUCGCGUCUGUGGUGAACUCCAUCAGACUGGAGGAGCAGUACCACUACGUCACCAUAAUCAUGCAGGGAGACCUGGACAGGAAGCAGUCCGGAGAGCCAGAGAACCUGGAGCCAGACAAGAACGAGGGCUGGACGUGGACGCGCUGGGAUGAGUUCCCCCCAGAGCCGCAGCUCUUCCUCCCAUUGGCUGGUCUGAGACAACAAGGCUUCCAGCCGUUCAGGAACACACAAACAAACACUCAGCCCUGAUCAGUAUUGUUAUUAAAUGCACUACUACUAUUAACUGGUGCUACCGUUAUCAUUAACAACAUCAUUACAUCUACAAGUGUCACUGUUAUUAUUGUCAUUAUAAGAAUCAGUGUGAACACAAUUUUUACACAACUCUUCCUGGUCUCCUCUUUCCACCCACCUCUCUCCCCCUCUCUCCUCUCAACCCGACCGGUGGAUGCAGAUGUUCCGCCCACAACUGAGUCUGGUUUCCGCUUGAGGUUUUUUUUACUGUUAAAAAGGAGUUUUUUUUCUUUUCCUUCCACGGUCACAAAGUGUUUGCUCACUAUGGGAACAGUUGAGUUUCUCUGUAAUAUUGUCAGGUCUCGACCUCAAUAUGUGAAGUGACAUGUUGCUCUGCAAAGCCGAGCUUUGAUCCCUCUAUUGCCAACUGUGUUUUUGAGUCAGGUCUCUGCCACUACACCCAGGACCAGGUGAUGGGGUCGUAGUGGAGGAGAGUGAGUUAAACCCAGCAUUUUUUAUGAAUGGAGGCCACACCGCAGGGCCAGGAACCAACAUCUCUCCACCGUUAACCAAGAUCUCUCCAACCUGAACCAACAUCUCUCCAAUGUGAACCAACAUCUCUCCAACCUGAACCAACAUAUCUCCAAUGUGAACCAACAUAUCUCCAAUGUGAACCAACAUAUCUCCACCAUGAACCAAAAUCUCAGGCAGAGGAACAAUGGCUCAACAGACGAGGAAAGAAAAAAGGAGUGAUUAUUUGUUUUUCCAAAAAUUUGAAAAUUAAAUUCUAAAUAGAAGGGGAACUUGAUUAAUAUCAUUAUUAAUACCUGUGUUUAUCUACUAUUUCAUGUCAAAAAGACUGCGGAAAAGGUCUGCUAUGAUAGAUGUUUGCCUUGUUAUCCCUUAAAUAUUGUAUGUACAGUAUGUAACUAACUUAGAGACUUAUUUAGAGAAUUUAGAGACUUCAUUGAGCAAGGUUGGUUAAGAAACAUAAUCGGUAAUUUGUGAAUUUCUUGACAGGUGGUCUUGUCUCCUGGAGCGCCUGGUGGGGAUCGCGGUGAUGCCGAGAACCCUUCAUCAAGUUCAGAUAUCACGGGCCAACAUUUUUCAUUUAUGCGAACACCAGCGACUACAAGUUCAACUGCCUCAGCCCCCCUCAGAGCAUCUGUCUCUAAAACAUUAAUCAGAUCAGUGUACCUUGCUAGAGUGGUUGGUGGGAGGUUGAGACCCAGCAGAGUGGUGAUGCUCCGGUUUCUAGAAUGUGAGGCUACCCUUCAGGGGAUCAUCGGAAAAGUGCAAGAUGCCAUUGGAAGUCAUGACCCCAUAGUGUUGACUGAUGCACAGGGGAAUGCAAUUUUGGAGUCAGAAGAAACAACAGGGUCACAGCACUGGAAACAGAAUGAAAAACAGAUUCUUGCUGUGCACGAACGGGAAUUCCAGCAGUUGCAGGGCCAAAAAAGGAGGAGAACGAGCAGCAUUAAAGAGGAUGAUGCUGUUGGCAUUGGAGAGGUCACUGAGAAACUACAAGAGCUCAUACUGGCAUCCCAGAGCCUCACCAAUCUGGCUGCCACUCAAAGAGUCAUCCUGACUCCUUCCCAGCUACAGUCCAUCAAGCAAGGGUUCUGCUGUGUUGUAUGUAUGAAGUUCAUCGAGGAGCCAGUCUUCACACAGUGUUGCCAAAGUAUUAUUGGCUGCAAACCAUGUGUGGAACAGUGGCAGGAGACCUCUGUGCACUGUGCAAAAUGUAGAGUGAGCACCGCAGAUAACAACAUACUUGAAGUACAUGGUCUGUCGGAGGCAUUUUCUGUUCUGAGAUCCCUUUUUGAUGAGGAGUGACAUUUUGUACUUUUAUACUCACAGGCAUGUUGUAUUUAAUUUCGAGUUUCAUCAAAUAGCCUACUACUGAUGUGAAUUUAUUUACAUGUUAAGGCUGGAUGAUGUCAUAUUGGUGUUAUGUUCAUCAUAAAAGGAAGUUAAAAAAAACUUUGUUGUCGACAUCACUGAUAUUAAAACUUUUGUUUACCAAACACCCAUUGCCACUAAUUAAUGGGUCUUGUUACUAGUUAAGAUUCUGUAAUUUUAAAUAGAGCAAAUGGCUUUUCACACAUUGCGCGUGGUUAUGGUUAUGAGAUAAAGCAAUGCCUCUUUGUAUGGAGCAAAGUCAUCAUUCACUGCUCUAGAGAAUAAGUCUGAAAUGUCUGAAUAUUUCUCCACAAACUGAUUCUCAACUGUAAGUUUUUUCCUGUUCAGUUGUAAAUGUAAUGUAGAGUAAACUCCAAAAGUAGAAAAUGUUGUCAUUGAGGAUCCCAGCUGUUGGCUGUGACGUUCUGCUGCUUCAACUGAAUGAGGCAACAGCUCCUGUGGGAUUUUUUUUUUUGGGAAACGCAUGUCCAGCCAAGUCAUUUGCCACACCUUUACCUCUACCUGUAAAAUAAAGAACAUACUGUUGGUUUCGAAAAGUUA